CAUCGUCACAUGACAAUAUCCGACUUCCGCAUCUCAUCUGUUGAAGUUCAGUCAAUCAGUCAGUGCAUCACGACAUGGCUUGCUCAAGGAUUGGAGUUGUGCUACUGUGUUCCCUCUUUGCAAGUACACUUGGUGUGCCGCAGACCUUCAGUGUGGACUACAAGAACGACUGCUUCAGUAGGGAUGGGGAAGAGUUCCGCUACAUCUCCGGUAGCAUCCACUACAACAGGAUCCCCAGGGCCUACUGGAAAGACAGGCUACUCAAGAUGUAUAUGGCCGGACUGAACGCCAUUCAGACGUACGUCCCCUGGAAUUUCCACGAGCCCUCCCCGGAUCGGUACAACUUCAGUGGGGACAGGGAUCUGGAACACUUCCUGCAGUUGGCCCAAGACAUUGGUCUGCUGGUUGUACUGAGGCCUGGGCCCUACAUCUGUGGAGAGUGGGAUAUGGGGGGUUUGCCUGCCUGGCUGCUCCACAAGAAAGACAUUGUCCUGCGUUCCUCAGACCCAGAUUACAUUGCGGCUGUUGACAAGUGGAUGGGCACGCUACUGCCAAUGUUGAAGCCGUUCCUUUAUCAGAACGGUGGCCCAAUCAUCACUGUUCAGGUGGAGAAUGAGUACGGCAGCUACUUUGCCUGUGACUACAACUACCUGCGUCACCUGACCAGUCUGUUCCGCUCCCACCUGGGGAACGACGUGGUGCUGUUCACCACCGACGGGGCCGGGGCCGGGUACCUCAAGUGUGGAACUCUGCAGGGCGUCUACGCCACUGUGGACUUUGGCCCAGGUGGGAAUGUGUCUGCUGCAUUUGAUGCACAGAGACAGGCAGAGCCCCAUGGACCCUUGGUGAACUCUGAGUUCUACACUGGCUGGCUGGACCACUGGGGAGAGCAUCACUCUACAGUGUCCACCGCCAUCGUGGCCAAGUCCCUCAACGAGAUCCUCGCCAUCGGCGCCAGCGUUAAUCUAUACAUGUUUAUUGGAGGAACCAAUUUUGGAUACUGGAAUGGUGCCAAUACCCCCUAUGCCCCCCAGCCUACUAGUUAUGACUAUGACGCCCCGCUCACUGAGGCAGGAGACCUCACUGACAAAUAUUUUGCCAUCCAGGAUGUCAUCAAACUGUAUCGGAAGAUACCAGAGGGACCCGUGCUUCCAUCAACACCAAAAUAUGCCUACGGAGCUGUGCCAAUGAAGAAGCUCCACACAGUAGUCGAUGCUCUAGAUAUACUAUCCUUCUCCGGUCCUGUCAAAAGCAUCUACCCGUUGACCUUCAUUGAGAUGAACCAACCGUUUGGGUUCGUCCUCUAUCAGGCCAAGCUGCCUGUGGACUGCAGUAAGCCCACCCCUCUGUCCUCACCACUGAAUGGAGUCCACGACCGUGCGUAUGUAUCAGUCGAUGGGGUUGCUGCUGGGAUCCUAGAGAGGGACAAGGCCCUGACCAUCAACGUGACUGGGAAGGCUGGGAGUCAGGUGGACAUACUGGUGGAGAAUAUGGGCAGAGUCAACUAUGGGAAAGACAUCAAUGACUUUAAGGGCUUGGUGUCUAACCUGACAUUGGGGGCCGACAUCCUCACCGGCUGGGAAGUCUACAGCCUCAGCAUCGACCAGGCUGUUAGCCAGGGUCUUCUCUGGGAGAUGGGCUCCAGGGAAGCUGGCACCCCACCACCUUCUCCCCUCUCCAUCCCCUCCUUCUAUGGGGGCACCUUUGUCAUCCCGGACGGCAUCCCAGACUUGCCACAGGACACCUACAUCCGGUUCCCUGACUGGAGAAAGGGCCAAGUGUGGAUCAACGGUUUCAACCUGGGCCGCUACUGGCCCGCUCGCGGCCCACAAAUCACCUUGUACGUGCCUGCUAGCAUCCUGAGCACGGCCGUGCCCAACAACGUGACCGUCCUGGAGCUGGAGGGGGACCCAUGCACCCCUGGGCCCUGUACCGUGGAGUUCACCAACACCCCGGUCCUGAAUGCCACGGUUAAGUCUGACCACAAACACCAGAGGGCGCUGUUCCAUAAAGAGGAUCUCUUGUGAUGAGCACAGAUUAAAAAUGCACUUACUGUAUUUAUCUGGAAGUGAUCUAUUUGCACUGAUCUUUAUAAAAAUCGAAGAGUAAUGUUUGUAAUUUAAUCACGUCUGGCUGUACCUCUAUUUGACCUCAGUGUCUUAAGCCUGCAACCAACAAUGCCCCUUUUUAAAGGCAUUUUCCCUGAUAUUCACAUAUCACAUUCAUGGUAAACACUGGCAUGUCUGCUCAAGUGUAAAUUACCUUUAAAAGUAUCUUAUAGUGCGCUGCGCUAUAGAGCAUCUUGAGUUCAAUGCUGCCCUAUAUUGUGAAUUGGGGGAACAUGGUUGAGAAGGAUGUGUCAAAUGAUCUGUGCCUUAUUGUGUGCCACCUAACUGCAGGGAUAUUAUGCUCUCAUUGAUUUCUGUAAUGAACCAUUUGGUGGGUCUUGUAAAUGAACAGUUAUUGUGUUCAACUGGAAUCCUGAUCUGCUUCUUUUAACAAUUAGAUUAUUUCAAAUACUUUGGGAUUUCCUUGUAUCUUAACAUUUUUGUUCAUGUUGUUUAAUGUGCAGGCACAAACCAUGCUGUACUUUUUGAUUUAUUAAUGUUUUAAUAAAAUUUGAUGAAUGAAA